AUGUCUUCCUCACGCCUUCCCAUCUUUUUCAACCCCGCCGCCGAUUCCUGGAUCACUUCGCAAAGUGAGUCCACAGAUCUUGUCACUGCCUUCCAUCGCAAGCUUCCCGGCUACGCGCCCACCAGGCUCGUACCUCUCGACGACAUCGCCAAAGAGCUCGGAGUUGCCGCCGUCUACAUCAAAGAAGAGUGCAACCGCAUCGGCGUCCCGUCCUUCAAAAUCCUCGGCGCCUCUUGGGGCACUUUUCGCGCCGUCGCGCAGAAGCUGAACUUGCCUCUUGACUCCGACCUCGCGGCGAUCAAGGAAGCGACCAAGGCAAACCCAAUCACCCUCUUUGCAGCAACGGCCGGCAACCACGGACGGGCUGUCGCGCGCGUCGGAAGCAUCCUCGGCCUGCCGGUCGAGAUCUUCGUGCCCGCCGGCACGCAUCCAGACACGGUGCGCUUCAUCGCCGACGAAGGCGCGCGAGUGACGGUCAUCUCCGGCAGCUAUGACGAAGCCGUGCGCACCGCGUCCGACGAGGCUGAGAAGCAGUCCGGCAUCCUGAUCCAAGACACCGCCUGGCCGGGCUACGAAGACAUCCCCAACUGGAUCGUCGCCGGCUACACCACCCUCCUCACCGAACUUACCACCCAACUGCCCCCCGCCCACCCCGCACCCACCCACGUCCUCGCCCCCGUCGGCGUCGGCUCCUUCGCGUCUGCUGUCGUCUCGCACUACAAGUCAUCAUCCUCUCCAUCGCCCGCCAUCAUAACCGUCGAACCCGACACCGCCCCCUGCCUCCACGCCUCCCUCCGCGCCUCGCACCCCGUCUCCGUCCCAACCCCCUUCCCCACCAUCCUCGCCGGCCUCAACUGCGGCACCGUCUCCAGCACCGCCUGGCCCCUCCUAUCCGCUGGCGUCGCCGCCGCCGCGACCGUGUCAGACGCCGAGGCGCAUGACGCGUGCCUAGCGCUCGCUGCCCGUGGCGUGGAUGCUGGGCCGUGCGGUGCCGCGACGCUGGCGGCGUUGAGGCGGUGUUGCGGGGAGGCGGGUGCGAGAGAGCGGUUGGGGUUGGGUAAGGGCGCGGUUGUCGUGCUGCUGGGGACGGAGGGGGGGAGGGGGUACGACACCCCGCGCGGGGUAGCGGUGGAGGAUGUGGAGGGUGUGGCGAGGGAGUUGGUAAGGAUUGAGUCGACGAAUUUGACUGGUGCGGGAGCCGGGGCGAAGGGCGAGGCGGAGGUCGGCAGGUGGAUCGCGGCGUGGUUGGCGCAUCGCGGGGUCGAGACGCAUGUGGUCGAGGAGGUGCCUGGCCGGCCCUCGGUCGUCGGGGUGGUGAGGGGGACGGGCGGCGGGAAGUCGUUGAUGUUCAACGGGCAUGUGGAUACGGUCACGUUGGCGGGCUACGAAGGCGACCCGUUGAGCGGCGAUGUCGUCGACAGGAAGCUGUUCGGCAGGGGCGCGGCGGAUAUGAAGGGCGGCCUGGCGGCGGCGAUGGUGGCGCUCGUGCGGUGCAAGGACGCGCGGCUGAGGGGAGACGUCGUCCUCGCGGCUGUCGCGGACGAGGAGGAUCUGAGUAUCGGGACGGAGCAGGUGCUGCGGGCGGGGUGGACGGCUGACGCGGCCAUCGUGGGCGAGCCGAGCAAUUUGGGCAUCGUCACGGCGCACAAGGGGUUCGUGUGGUUGGAGGUCGAUGUCCUUGGUGUUGCGAGCCAUGGGUCUCGGCCGGACCUGGGCGUCGAUGCCAUUUCGAAGGCUGGAUACUUCCUGGUCGAGUUGGACAGGUAUGCGAAGCGGCUUGAGGAAGGACCGAGGCACCCGGCUCUGGGCCCAGGCAGUGUCCAUGCUUCGAUCAUUAAGGGAGGGGAGGAGGCGUCGUCGUACCCUGCCAAGUGCACCAUCACGGUGGAGAGACGGACGGUUCCAGGCGAGACGGCAGAAUCGGUGAGGGAAGAGGUGGACGCUAUACUGAAGCGGCUCGAGGGUGAUGUUCCUGGCUUCAAGUACGAGCUGAGGGUGACGUUCAAGCGGUCGACGUUUGACAUCGAUCGGGCGCAUCCGUUUGUGUCGCUCGUCUCUCAGAAGGUUGAGGAAACGACAGGUGCUAAGCCUACUUUCCUGGCUGAGCCCUUCUGGACAGACUGCGCGCUUCUGUCGGAUGCAGGGAUUCCGGUGGUCAUAUACGGGCCCAAGGGAGAGGGUCUUCAUGCGAAGACAGAAUGGGUUGAUCUGAAGUCUGUGGAGACGGUUGCGGAGACAUUGACUGCCGUAGCACGGGAGUUUUGUAAAUAG